AUUAGGGUCUCUCUGAAGAAGGGGAAAUCCCUAAGGCAGAACCUUAAGGAACAUGGCUUGCUGGAGGAUUUCCUGAAGAAACACCCUUACAACCCAGCCUCCAAGUAUUUCCCCAGCCUGACCAACAAGUUUGCCAGUGAGCCCCUAACAAACUACAUGGACAUGGAGUAUUAUGGAACCAUCUCAAUUGGUACGCCUGCUCAGGAUUUCACUGUCAUUUUCGACACCGGUUCCUCCAACCUGUGGGUGCCCUCUGUGUACUGCUCCAGCACAGCCUGCACAAACCACAAGCAAUUCAACCCAUCAGACUCCUACACCUACAAGGCCACCAGCCAGAGCCUCUCCAUCCAGUAUGGCACCGGCAGCAUGACUGGAAUCCUGGGCUAUGACACCGUCCAGGUUGGAGGCAUUGUGGACACCAACCAGAUCUUUGGUCUGAGUGAAACCGAGCCCGGCUCCUUCUUUUACUACGCCCCCUUUGAUGGGAUCCUGGGUCUGGCCUUCCCCAGCAUCUCCUCUUCUGGAGCCACCCCUGUCUUUGACAACAUGAUGAACGAGGGUUUGGUGUCUCAGGACCUCUUCUCCGUCUACCUGAGCUCCAAUGACCAGACUGGGAGCUUUGUGAUGUUCGGCGGCAUCGACUCCUCUUACUACUCUGGGAGCCUCAACUGGAUCCCUCUCUCCUCUGAGACUUACUGGGAAAUCACCAUGGACAGCGUCACCAUGAACGGAGAGACUAUCGCUUGCUCUGGUGGGUGCCAGGCUAUCAUUGACACUGGCACUUCUCUGCUGGCUGGGCCCUCUUCUGGCAUCUCCAGCAUCAACUCCUACAUCGGCGCCAGCGAUGGCACGAUCAGCUGCAGUGCCAUAAGCAGCCUGCCCAACAUCGUCUUCACCAUCAAUGGCAUCGAAUUCCCUCUGCCCGCCAGUGCCUACAUCACUGAAGAGUCAGGCUAUUGUACCUCCGGCUUUGAAAGCAUCGACGUCGGAGGGCUCUGGAUCCUCGGAGACGUCUUCAUCCGCCAGUAUUACGUUGUCUUCGACAGGGCCAACAACCAGGUGGCCCUGGCCUCUAUGGCAUGAACACAGCACCAUCCCUGGGGCACUGCCAUGGACCACUGACCCCGGAGAGUCUCUGUUUCUCUAGAGCCCCAACAUCGCUUAUCGAUCAAGUGACAUCACCCCACACUCACCCUCUACCCCAUAAUUUUACCCCCAGUAGAAUAAAGGAAUAUAAGAGCAUUUGAGUGAAUUGUUUCUCUUUGAUGCGGUUUAGGAUUGGACUCAUCUUUUAUUCAUUUUUUGAACAUUGGCUUUUAGGGCCACAGCUACCUGCCUAUGAGUACUAGCAACAAAUUUUAGCAGCUGUUGCAUCCACUGGUCUGUAAGGACCCGGCGUUGCAGUUUAUUAGUGGUACCCCACCUACCCACCAUUGUUCUGAAAGGCACAUGUCUUUGCCAGUUGUUGCCUUGAAUGGGAUAACUCCAUGAGAGACCACAGAGUCCAUUAUGACCAUAAGAAUAAAUGGUAGUCGCUGAUCCCAAUCCUUUCCCUGCUGGUUUACUAUUUUUUUAAAAGCUGUUUUAAGAGUGCAGUUAGCCCAUUCUAACUGGCCUGAACUUGGAGGUGUCCUGCUAUUUGCAAUUUUUGCUUGAUUCGACUUGCUUGACAAGGCCUUUUAGUAAUAUUCUUGAUGAAAUGGGGUCCUUGGUCCAAAUCAGGUUUUUUUGGCAUACCCCACCUGGUUAUUACCGGCUCAAUCAACACACGGACUGUUGUUUGGGCUGUGUUGUUUUGGGUGAGGAUUGGUUUACUCCAUUUUAUAAGUGGAUUAACAGUUACCCAACAACACUGACUACCCCUGGCUUUUGUUGCUAAAGGGCCAAUGUAAUUAAAUUGUAAACGAGCUCAAGGCCCCUCUAUUCUCUGCUGUUUUGGAGGCUUUUUGAUUAUAUUAGAAUUAACAUUAUUGGCUAUACAGGACAGACAGUUAUUUACAAACUAUUUUAUAUUACUGCUUAUAUUUGGCACCAGCCAAGUGCUUGCAAUUUAGCUAAAGAUUUUUUUUACUCUCAAAUGCCCCCUCUCAUGGGCUAGGGAAAUUAUUUCUGUUUUUAAUGCCAUGGGUACCACCCAAACUACUUUUGUUUGCCAGUUGUAGCACAAACGGCUGUCCCACCGGGGACUAUGCUAAAACUGGAGCAUGAACUAAGGCCUGGGUUAACUGGAUCAUGGCUUCCUGCUGCAAAGGGCCCCUGUUUCAUUUCACCCCCGUCAUUAACAAUUUAUGCAGCGGGGCUGCCUUUUUUGAAAAUCCCUUAAUAACAUUUUGGGAAAAAUUAACCAUUCCCAAAAAGGAUUUAAGAGUGGUGACAUCUGUGGGAGCUGGUAAUUUAAGAAUCAGCUCUACUUUUUGUUUCUUAGGGGAGCACCCUUCCUGUCCCAAAGUCACUUCAAGAUAAUUUACUUGUUGGGAACCCAACUGGGCUUUUUUGUUUUUUUUUUUGAUAAACCCAGCUUUCUGAAUUUUUUGUAACAUCCUAUUUAAUAAUUUUUUUUUGUUUGAGUGCAACUUAGGAUGUUUACAUAAGAAAAUACACUGGUUUUUUAAGGCAUUUUAUUUUACAUUUUAACGACAUGGGCAUGACAAAUAAGAACGGCAUUGUUCCAGCCCAUGGGGACCCUGGCAAAACACAACUGCUUCCCUGGAAAGGUAAAAGCAAAUUUGUAAUAGCUGUCCCGAUGUAAAGGGAUAGCAAAGGAAGCAUCGGCCAAAUUCAAAACUGGAAACCACUAGUCCCCUCCGACACUGGAAGCUAUUACCCAUAGGUGCCGACUCCGUGUGUGCUCCGGGGCUGGAGCACCCAUGGGGAAAAAAUGGUGGAAGCGCUGCACCCACCCGCAGCUCCCCACCCCACCCCAGGUCACCUCCACCUCCGUUCCGCUCCACCUCCCCCCCUGAGCGCACCGCCACGUCGUCCUUCUGCCCACUCACUCCCAGCGCUUGGGCAGCGAAACAGCUGUUUCACACGGCAAGCCUGGGAGGGAGGGGAGAAGAGCGGGAACGCGGCGUGCUUGGCGGAGCAGGUGGGGCC